UAACCAUUUUUAUUUAAAAUUUACGAAUGGCAACAAAACAAAAUUGCGUUAGUUUUGGUUUGUUUGAAGUUCUGUUUGAAAGGUGUAAGAGCUGUAUUGUAUACGAAAGAAAUUGAUCUUCGCUGAAUUGUUACGGCAUGCAUCCAUCACACCUUUGGAGAAAAGGUGUAUUGUCAACAUGUCGUUUCCUUCACUCUGCUCAAAAAUGUGGUAUGAAGACAAUGCAAGCAUGGCAGGCAUUUGAAUAUGGAAGUCCUGAAAAAUUACAAUUAAAUACAAUGGCAGAAAUACCUGUAAUAAAAAGUAGCAUUGAUGUAUUAGUUAAAGUUCAUGCAGCCAGUGUGAAUCCAUUAGAUGUCUGCAUGUUAGAGGGCUACGGCUCAACAGCUUUCAAUUUUGUUCGACAAGUUAACAAUUGUUCUUUAACCCCACAAGAAUUUCCUUUACAGCUAGGGCGUGAUUUCUCAGGAACUAUAGUGCAUGUUGGAAAAUGUGCUAAAAAUUAUAAGGUUGGAGAUGAGGUUUGGGGAGCUUUAAGCCCUUGGCAAACUGGUACUCAUGCUGAAUAUGUUUUGGCACCAAUCUGCUAUAUAUCCAAAAAACCUAGUUCGAUUAGCCAUGCUGAAGCAGCUUCAUUUCCUUAUUCUGCUCUAACUGCCUGGUCCGCUAUCAAAAUAUUUGGUGGACUUUGUGAAAAAUCUACUUAUGGGAAAAGAGUAUUAGUAAUUGGAACAACUGGUGGUGUAGGAAUGUUUUCCGUACAGUUAUUAAAGUUAUGGGGAGCUGAUGUUACUGCUGUGUGUGCAACAGAUGCUGUAGAAUUAGUCCAAAGUCUUGGAGCUGAUACUGUUCUAGAUUAUCAGAGUCCAGAAUUUAAACAAAAUCUAAAAGAACUUAGUGGAUUUGAUGUAAUAUUGGAUAAUGUUGGUGGCGAAUAUCCAGAUUUAACAAUUGAUCUGCUGAAAAAAUGGAAAAACAGUAAAUAUGUUACUGUUGUUUCUCCACUACUAAAAAAUGCAGAUGAACGAGGAUUGGUAUUAGGAACAUUUAUGUCUGGUCUACAAGCUAGCUAUGAUACAGCAAUGUCACUCAAGGAUGGCAGAUCCUUUAGGUGGGCUUAUUUUGUUCCUAAUGGCUGUACAUUAAAAUCCAUUGCAAAACUCGUUGAUAACAGACAGGUAAAUCCUGUGAUAGAAAAAGUUUACAAAUUCGAAGACAUACCUCAGGCUUAUGAAAAGGUUGCAAAAGGGCAUGCUCGAGGAAAAACUGUAAUAGAUUACUCAUUGUGUGGUGAAGAAAUUAACAAAGAAGAAUCAAACAGUGAACCAAAGCAGAAUGUGUAAAAAGUUUAAUAAAAAAUAAAAUACAAGACAUCACUAA